CAAGUGACGUAAGCGAUCUCGAUCUCACUUGUUCUGUGAUUUUGUGUGAAUUAAGUGGAAUUAAUUACUUAAUAUCUUAAAUUCAAGAAUGCUUACGUAGAGAAAGUGUUUUGAUAACAGCAACUAAAUAUAUAUUUUUUGAUCGCGCCAUUUGACUCGUCAAGUAAUUCCAGUGGUCAAGGUUUGCAGCUUCCGUCAAAAUGGUGAAAGUGUACGGGCUUCUAGUUCUUUACAAAGGAGUAAACAGUGCGACAAUUUUAAAAGAUGCGUACGACUUAUCAAGUUUUAGCUACUUCCAGAAAGGUUCAGUCCAAGAGUUCAUGUCAUUUGUUAGUAAAACUAUGGUGGAGAGGACACAGCCAGCUGCCAGACAGUCAGUAAAGGAAGGAGAGUAUAUGCUGCAAGUGUAUGUGAGAGCGGACAACCUUGCAGGCAUACUCAUUUCGGACCAUGAAUACCCCAGCAGAGUUGCACACACAUUGAUAACCAAAAUAUUGGAUGAGUUCACAGCAAGAGUGCCUGCUAACACUUGGCCAACAGCCAACAACACUACUGUAGACUUCCCCGUGUUGCCCCAAUAUUUAGUCAAGUACCAGAAUCCCAGGGAAGCAGAUGCUCUUACAAAAAUCCAGGAGGACUUAGACGAGACAAAGAUCAUUUUACAUGACACAAUAAAGGCAGUGCUAGAGAGAGGUGAGAAACUAGAUGACCUUGUUGCCAAGUCAGACAGCUUGUCUUACCACAGUAAAGCAUUCUACAAGACUGCCCGAAAGACCAAUAGUUGCUGUAACUUCUGAAGAACUUUGUGUCAAUUGAACGGCCAUAGUUGUUUUAGAGCAAAUUAUUAAAAUGUUAUACCAUACAUAAACAUUAAUAAAUGUAAUAAAUGUGUAUUGUGUGUGAUGUUAUAAGCUUUUGCUUAAAACUGGGAAACUGAUGAAUAUUCUGCUAUUGUUUUAUUUGAUUAUGAUUAGUUUGGGGUAUUUAGAUGCAUUUUGUGUAAUCAGAUGUAUAAUGUUUACUUUUAUGGUGUUAUUUGACCUGCUAAUGCCAUAAGUAACCAAUGUUAGUAGAAUGAUUAUUCCAAUGUAUUUAAGUUAGUAAGGUCAGAUAGCUUUGUUAAAAUCAUAUUGCUAGGUUUGCUGCAGCGCUGAGCAGAAUAGAUAAUGUCAAAGUAAUUUAGUAUAUGAUGUGAAUAGCACAAGUUUUUUUAGAACUUGAUUAUUUUUUUUGAACAUCACAGACAUUUACUGUAUACAAUAUUAUAGUAUUUACAGUUGUCUCAUCUACAAUUUUAACAAGGCUUAUAGUUCAUUUUUUUAGCAUUAGAAAAAAGGUAAACAAUCUUGACAUGGCUUCUUUUUUUAACGCUUUUUAAAAAUCAGUCACUAUUAUUUAUGAAAGCAAAAUAAUGUGAAUGAUCGUAUGUGGUUUAUAAGUGUUACAUAUUUGCCAUGAUUUAUUUUUCUAAGGUGUUAUUCAAUAAAAAGACACAUCAACACUGUUUACCUUCUUUCUAAUGAAAAAAAUGGACUAUAGUGGUUAAAACUUGUGUGGAUGACAAUAUAUCUUUCUUAAUGUGUGUGUAGGAUAUAAACCCAAUUGAUAUGAAUAUUAUUGUAUUAAACCAUAUUGUAUGAAUACAAUAAAAAUGGGCAAAAGACAGUUCAACACUGGGUUUUUACAGUUUGUGACUUAUCACCUUAUUUAUAUGAUGUGUGACUCAUGUGUUUGUUAUUACAAGUAGCUUAAACAGAUAUUCAUGUUGGGAAGCUUCAGAAUUAUAACACAAAUAUGUUGUAUUCUUGAAUAUAUUGUUUUUGAAAUUAACGAAUAUCUAAAUACUUAUCUCACUUAUUUUUAAUUCAGUAAUGUAUGUUUUAUUUACAUUCCUUUUUAUACAUUACACUACACUACUUAAUAGACUGUUGGUUAAUAUAGUUCCAACCUAUUGUGUUCAUAGCCCACCAAAAUGUUUACAAGUCCAGAGGUUAGCUGGAACCCUCAUACUUAUCUAAAAUUAUUGCAAUGAUAGUUGACUAAAAAUAGUUUAAUUAAUUUGUUGGAAACAUGGUAUCUUUGAAAUUAUUAAUUCAAACUGUCAUUAGAAUGUCGACUUAAUGUCUGAACAGUAAGAUCUAUAUUUGAAUGAACUAUACAGUACCUAUGUAAACCAAUGAAAAAAAUAACGAAAUAGUGGUUUAAUGAAGUGUAACAUAAUGAUAAUAGAUUUCUUUGUAAUAAGGUGAAAACUACAACUUCAACAUGAAAUUCCGUACCCGGCAGAAAGAACUUUAUAACUCGAGAUAUAGAACUGAAGAAAUCUCAACCUUAUGUUAUUCCAUUUUAACUUCAAAUUUCUUCAAUUUUAUAUCUCGGGGUAUCAACUUCUUCCCGUCGUGUACCGAAUUAUUCAUAAAAUUGUAAUUUAACACAUUCACUGCCAAGGUUUUCGUAGCGCUACGCUCGUAGCCGAUCCUAGAGUUCUCCCGCUUUCUUUGUAGAGAAUAACGACUGCGAACUGAGAACCCACCGAGCGAGAUCCCGGCACUCAAUGUGUUAAAAAAAGCAAAUUGUUUUUUGACUAGGUAUGACUUACAAAAACCCAAUGAACACUGACGAGACUGCUUUUCAUUAGUUUACAUACAGUAUUACUUAAAAAAAUCAUCUCGGAGGUUAUGGUUGAUUUUUUUAUUACUGACAAUAAAGCUGCAAUCUAGAUUGUGGAAGUUUUAAA